AUGGAUGACGAUACAGAAAUUGCUAUUGUUGGUGUUGGGUGUCAUUUCCCCGGAGGUGAGGGACUUGAAAACUUUUGGCGUGUCCUGCUCGAGGGGAAGAACUGUGCUGUUCAGAUACCGAAUGACAGGUUUAACCUCUCUCAGUGGUACGAUCCAGAGGAGAGUAAAGCGGGAAAGACCUACACAGCAAAGGCAGCACUCAUUGACGGAUUAAAUGCGUUUGACCACAAGUUCUUUGGCAUCACUGAGGCGGAAUCCCUCUCCAUGGACCCUCAGCACAAACUCUUGCUGCAGUGCACCUACAGGGCACUAGAGGAUGCUGGGAUACCCAUGGAAAAGGCCAGUGGAACACGAACAGGAGUAUAUUUGGGGUUGAUGAACAGAGACUUUGAGCUGGCAACCGUGAGGAAUAAUCCAAAGCAUAUCAGCCACACCACUGGCACUGGGGUUGCUAUGAGCAUAGCUGCCAACCGCAUCUCAUACAUAUUCAACUUCACCGGCCCCUCCGUGGCCAUCGACUGUGCCUGCUCAUCAUCCCUCGUCGCCCUUCACUUUGCUUGUCAAGCCAUAAAGCAAGGAGACUGUGAUAUGUCUGUGUGUGGAGGUGUGAGUUGUAUCUUGGAGCCAGCCCUUUUUGUGGCUCUCUCAAAGGCAAAAAUGAUCUCCCCUGAUGGAACAAGUAAACCUUUUAGCAGCAAAGCAGAUGGAUAUGGAAGAGGUGAAGGAUGCGGGGUCGUCCUACUAAAGCCUCUCAAAAGAGCUCUCGAAGAUCACGACCACAUUUGGGGAGUAAUCGGCAAAACUGCAGUAAACCAAGACGGCCACAGUGUUAGCCCAAUCACCAAACCGUCCAUGGUACAGCAGGAGGAGCUACUCAGAAAAAUCUACUCAACAGAGGCUGACCUGUGUAGUGUCCAGUACAUUGAGGCUCAUGGUACUGGAACUCCAGUGGGAGAUCCAGUAGAAGCAGGUAGCAUGUCAAAAGUCAUUGCUAAAGAAAGAUCUCAGAAGUCAGGGCCCCUCAUCAUUGGUUCUGUGAAGAGCAACAUCGGACACACAGAAUCUGCUGCAGGUGUUGCUGGCCUCAUAAAGGUUCUUUUGAUGAUGCAGCAUGAAACUAUUGUGCCAUCAUUAUUCUACUCCAAAGAAAACUCCAGCAUAGACUUGAAAUCUCUCAAUAUGAAUAUCCCCACCAGAGUACAAAAAUGGAUCAGUAACAACAGGGCAGGGAGGAUUGCAGGAAUCAAUAACUUUGGGUUUGGUGGAACAAAUGCACACGCAAUAGUCAAACAAUAUGUGCAGUCAAAAAAGCCCAAAUCUCAGCCCAUCAGCAAAUCCUGUCAGUAUUUUGUGGUGUCUGCUGCCUCUGAGAAAUCCAUGAGAAAUAUCAUUAGAGACACAGCAGAUCAGAUCGGUGCAGGGAAAAUUUCAGAUCUACAGUCUUUACUGUACACAUCUGCAUGUAGAAGAAGUCACCUGAAACACAAAUACAGGAACGCUUUUCAAACAUCGUCAUUAGCAGAUCUGCAAGACAAACUCACCGCUGCUGUGGACAAAAGGCUAGUACUGUCAAAGACAGACUCCAGGGUAGUUUUUGUGUUUUGUGGAAAUGGAGUCACAUACCAGGGCAUGUGCCAGCAGCUCCUAAAACACGAGACAGUUUUCAGAGAGGAAAUCGUGAAGAUUGAAACUUUGCUAAAAAUCUACAGAAGACAAAAUCUGAUAGAGAUGCUGGAAGGUAGAUCUGAAAUGAGUAAAGAUUUGUCUGAUCCACAGCUCGUCCAGCCUCUUCUGUUUGCCAUUCAGGUUGCGGUUUUCAAACUUCUGAAACACUGGGGAAUCAGUCCUGAUGCUGUUCUUGGCCACUCUAUUGGAGAGGUCGCGGCAGCUCAUUGCUCUGGUUUGUUGUCACUUGAAGAUGCAGUGAAAGUCAUACACUAUCGUAGUUCUUUACAAAGCACUGUGACAGGGGGAAAGAUGCUGGUCGUCAGUAAUAUGGCUGUUUCUGAGAUCUUGAACAUGCUUCCAUCUCAUUCAGGAAGAGUCUGUCUCGCUGCCUACAACAGCCCUCAGUCAUGCACUCUCUCAGGGGAUGCAGCUGAAAUUGACAGCUUGCAUCAGAAAUUGAGCAGCUCUACCAAUGGGAAAGAUUUGUUCCUCCGCAUUUUGGAUGUACCUGCAGCAUACCACAGUCACAUGAUGGAUCCCAUAGUAUCUCGAGUGAAAGAGGAUAUAGGCUCAUUGCAGACAUGUGACUUGGAGAUGGAGUUGUUCUCAACAGUGACAGGUGUUAGUUCAUGUUCCACAGAUUUUAUUACUGGUGAAUAUUGGGCAAGAAAUAUCAGACAAGCAGUGGAAUUUGAACAAGCGGUCAAGUCUGCAACUAAAAACAAAAGGAAUGUGAUAUUUGUUGAAAUUGGCCCAAGGCGAUCUUUGCAGAGGUACAUCACCGAGACUUUGGGGAAAGACAUCGCUGUGGUUCCUGCAGUACAGCCUGAUAAAGAUCAUGAGACGAUGCUUGCAGUUGUUUCUAAAUUGUUUGAGCUUGGGGCCAACAUAAACUGGGAUCUGUUCUACAAAGGUUGGGAGGCUGAACCAAUACCAUUCCCUCGUUACCAGUUUGAUGAUGUGAAAAGAGAAGUGUUUGCUUCGGAUUUGCAGUUGACUGGUACAACUCGGAACCAUCCAGUGGUUACACAAAUGAGUACAGACAGUUCAGUAUUCAGCUGUGAUUUGUCAUCUGAAUCAGUGGCCUUCUUGCAGGAUCACAAGCACAAUGGAGUUGCCAUCAUCCCUGGAGCAUUUUAUACCGAGUUGGGUUUGGCAACUUUCAUGGAAUAUGCAAAACCCAAGGUCCCACUAAGUUCCCUGCAACUCAGCAUAACAUUCCAGAGUCCACUGACUUUCACUCAGAAUGCCCCACAUAUAAAAGUUCAGCUUGAAAAUUUGGCAGAUAGCAUGCAUAACUUCAAAAUACACUCAACUUCUGCUGUCUAUGCAUUUGGCUCUGUAGAAGUACAACCAGGAAGGAGGCCUGAAGAACAGUUCAUUUCAUUAGACUCUAUUUCUAGAAGAUGCACAUUGCACAUGACUUCUGAAGAAUUCUACAAGCAACUAAGUCAAACAGGAUUCCAGUAUGGGUCCGUCUUCAGGAAUAAGGCAGAUGUUUAUUGUGGUGAAGAAUUCAGAGAGGCAUUGUCUGUUGUGAAGGUCCCAAAGGAAUUGCUCCAUCAAUUACACGACUAUCACCUUCACCCUGUGGUCUUGGAUUACUUCAUGCAACUUGCUCCUGUAACUUUAGGAAAUGACCAAUCAGCAAGGCCCCAGUUUCCUGCACAAAUAGCAAGCCUGACUGUGUUUGAACCACUGCAAGAGGAGCUGGUUGUGUAUCUCAGAGCUGUAGAUGUGGGAGAUGAUGGGUUUGAAAUUUGUGGCUGCUUGGCCAACAAACAAGGUAGGGUGUUGGUUGAAAUCAAGCAUGUGAAGAUCAAAAUGAUAGGAAGUCGUUCUGAAGUGGUCAAGGAGUACUUCUUUCAUAACAGUUUUGAUAUAAUCUCUGAAGAUGACAUGUUGGACACACAGAUUAAGGCACUGGUCUUUUCUGACCAGCUUGGAAUAUUUAAAGCUUUGCAGCAGCAUUUGGACUCGAGAUCUAGAUGUGUAUCUUUUUCAGACAGCAGCACACUGUUAGAAGGUGGGGUUGAAACUCUUUUGUCAAAACUAGCAAUUUCAAGUGUAAAGAAAAAUUUCCAGGAAAUUCUGUUCAUGUGGAGUGAUGCAGACCUAACCACACUGGAAUCUGAAAAGGUCCUGGAAAGCAUGGCAGGAUGCUGUGAGAUGUUCAGAAAGACUGUCAGAUACCUCAAAGCACUUCAGUUCCCAGGGGUUAUCAGAGUCAUAACCUAUAGAUCCUCUGAGAGCAUAGUGGACUCCAUAAAUCCUGGAUAUGUUUUGACAGGCAUGACAAGAGCAUGUGCAGCUGAGUUGCAAGAGCUUUCCUUCCAGCUGAUUGACAUGGGCUCGGGCACUUCUGAAGACAUCAAAGCUUUGGUUCAGGUUCUCAGAUCCUACCCCUGUCACAAAUAUCCAGAGCUAGUAGUGAAAGAGGGCAACAUUCUCCAGCCUGAAAUCACCCACACACCUUUGCCAAGUAUGGCAAGCCCUUUGCAAAAGGUCCACAUGUUAGAUGAAGAACUCUUCAUCUUGCAAACGUCAGACCCAUAUGCGAUGAGAAAUUUGUCAGCAACUGAAAUGGAAAAUUCCAUUCAACCAAUUCAGGGAAAACAUGUUGAGCUUCACCUCAAUAAAAUCUGUGUUCAUUCAUCAGACUACUUUCCAGUCAGCAUGUCUGACCUGAGUUAUGGUCAUACGUUGUAUUGGAACAAGCACACAUCUCAACACCAUAACCUCUUAGCCCUUGACUACAGUGGCACAGUCACAGCUGUGGGCAAAGAUGUCAGCAAGUUUAAAGUCGGUGAUCACGUUGUGUCUUGUUACCCUGUGUCUGCCACAUCUAAAGUAGUUAUCCCAGCAGCUGUUUGCUGCAAAGCAAAAAGGCUUUCAUUCCUCAAUGACAUCCCCUGUGUGUCUUACAUGGUUCUGGCUUGGGAGAUCUUGCAUAAAGCUCUACCCAAGAUCAAAGUGCAAAGAAAACUGGGCAUUUUUUCCACAGUUCCCGAUUCAGCUUUGAUUAAUGUCUUACUUGCUAUAGCAAACAGAUCAGGUUGGAAUGUCAAAGUCUGCACACAGACUGAUCAGCUGUCUUGUGAUUUUAGUGAGGUUGUGGGAGCUGUGUUUCUACCCCCUUAUAAUCUAGUGACUGCUGAAGUAGCUAGCCGUAUAAAAGGCAUCAACGACAUUGUGUUUGUCUGUGACAAUCAGACAGAGGUCCCCCUGAAUUCGGCAACAUUCAGAAGUACAAAUGAGGAGGUCCACUUUCAUUUCGUCUUUAUGUCCCAAGUACUGCAGAAAUGGUCUCUUCAGACACAAAUGCCCAAAAUCUACCGUUGGCAGAAAUCUAUGCAUUUGAACAGAAAGUCCAUGUCUCUGGAUACAACAGCUGUUCAAAGAGCGAAUUCCCAACACAUUGAUCUUCUGUCUGUGAAGGAAUCUGAUUCCUACUUCACAUGCCAGAUCCUACCCAUUAUAAUCUUGAACAGUGAAGACAAGAACCAGCUGUCUGAGAUCCCAGUGAUCCCCAAAAACAAUCUGUUCAAGAAAAAAUCAGUGUACAUUGUCACAGGAGGUCUAACAGGCUUGGGCUUUGAGACUGUAAAGUUCAUUGCUCAGAAAGGGGGAGAGCACAUCGUCAUUCUGUCUAGACGUAAUCCGAACCCAGAGAUGCAGCAAGAAAUAAGUCAGCUCAGUAGCCGCUGCGGUUCUGUAAUUAAGUCUCUGCCAUGUGAUGUUUCUGUAUCUGAGCAGGUGGAUCAGACAAUUGCCAAGGUUAAAAAACUUUUUCCAUCCAGUCCCAUCAAAGGUGUGUUUCACAGUGCCGUUGUCUUGCAUGAUGGGCUGAUUGAACGUCUUGACAAAUCUCUGUACGAGAAAGUAAUGAGGCCCAAAGUCAAUGGAGUGAUUAACCUCCAUCGUGCCACCAUUCAGUGCAAUCUGGAUUAUUUUGUGUGCUAUUCUUCCAUCUCUGCCUUCAUGGGCAAUGCCUCACAAACAAAUUAUGCUGCGGCUAAUACAUUCAUGGACACUUUCUGUCAGUACCGCAGAAACAUUGGGCUUGCUGGGCAGUCCAUUAACUGGGGGGCGUUGAAUCUUGGUCUUCUGUUGGACAAAGUCCAUUUUCAAAGAUUUCUGGAGGCCAAAGGAAUCUUGCUAUUGGAGGUCCCAGAGAUCCACGAAAGCCUCGAGCAGUGCCUUUUGAUCAACAAACCUCAACAGGUUGUAUGCCGGUUCAGUUUUAAAAACAGCUGGAACAGUGUUCUCAGUCAAAACAAAUCACUGAACGCACGCUUGUUCAAAAUAGCAAAAGAAGCCUUCAUUAGAGCUGGGGUGAACCCAUCUAGACCCGAGCAACCCAUGACAUCCUCCUCCCCUCAUGAUUAUCUGAGGUUCUUGAUUAGUGAAACAGCAGGGGUUGAGAAGGAUGAGCUGAGUGAUGAUGUUCACUUGUUUGAACUCGGCAUAGACUCGAUGUUGGCCAUGACACUGCAGAAUCAUAUCUUUUCUUACAGAGGCGUGAACAUUCCUCUGGUCACUCUGCUGGAUCCAAAUAGCACACUGUCGACGAUCACCAAAAUCCUGGAGGAGAACGGUGUAGAUGAAUACCAGAGUGCAUCAUAUGAGAGCACUUCCACAUACUUGUAA